AUGGGUGCAAUAUGCUGCAAAGAAGAAGCAGUUGACUUCAAUGAAGAAGUUGAUUUGUAUCAUUUCGUGCUGUUACGAUCGGUGGGCAAAGGGGCUUUUGGCAAAGUGCGAGUAGUACAGCAUAAGGCACACAAGCAGUUGUUUGCGUUGAAAUACAUCAACAAGGCGAAAUGCAUUCAAAUGCGAGCGGUCGACAAUAUCAUUUCCGAGAGGCGACUUUUGGAACAAAUUGAUUACACCUUCAUUGUCAACUUGAGAUACGCCUUUCAAGAUGAUGAGAACAUGUUUAUGGUCAUUGAUCUUAUGCUUGGUGGCGACUUGCGUUUUCAUCUCGAUCGAAUGGGCGCAUUCCCAGAGGAUUAUGUACGAUUUUACGCUGCUGAAAUAUCAUGCGCCUUGAACUACCUUCAUCGAAAGAAUAUCAUUCAUCGUGAUUUGAAACCUGACAACAUCCUAUUGAAUGAAAAAGGCCAUGCUCAUUUGACCGAUUUCAAUAUCGCAGUACCCUUGAUGGAUAACAGGCCGUUGUUGUCAAUUGCUGGAUCUAUGGCAUACAUGGCACCCGAGAUUUUAAGAAAACGAGGAUACCUUGCAUCAGUGGAUUGGUGGUCACUAGGAGUUGUAUGCUAUGAACUACUUGUUGGCACUCGACCUUUCCGUGGCAAAACCAACGAGACGCUCCAACAAUCCAUUAUGAAUGAACCAGUCACCUUCCCAGAGGAUAUUCCUAUAUCAGAAGAGGCCAAGGAUUUCGUGCUUGGACUAUUGAAUCGUGAUGUGAGCCAACGUCUCGGCUUCAAUGAACAAGGAUUCAAGCGACUACAAGGACAUGCCUGGUUCAAGGAUUACAAUUGGGAUGCUGUUGAGAGCAAGCAACUUGAACCGCCGUUUAAACCUGAUGACAAGCGUGCCAACUUUGAUCCAACGCACGAGCUUGAGGAGAUCUUGUUAGAAGAUAACCCCCUGAAAGCACGGAAGCGAGCAGCUAAACGUAGCGGAUCCAAUCAGCAUAUUGAUUCCAAGACUCAGGCGAGUGGCCUUUCAGACAUCAGCCCUGAACAACAAAAGAUGGAAGAAAAGUUCACCGUAUUUGAUUAUACCAAGCCUCAAUCAAGGGCUACUCGGCAAUCCAAGCUAGGCACAAGCACCAAACACAGCAUCUCUCAGCACCAGCACAUGAGUGAGAAAUGUGAAACGGAUCCCCACCAGCACCACGUGAUUGAACCCUCCAGCCCACCAUGGUCUGAAGAUGAUAGCCAUAUCCUUCCUGAUAAUGGUGAUCAACCUUUGAUGACAGCGAAAAGAACACCACCACCCAUUGCCGCCCCAUCCUCUUAG